GGUGAUCGAUCGUUCGGAUCAACCUUCGAACAACAAUGGCGGAUAAAGAUGACGAGGCCAAGUGGACUCCACAGAAAGCAAGGAGUCAGUUUCGUGAAAACCAAUCUUUAGCUGGAGCUCCAACAUCAGGCUACUGUGCUGGCUAUCUUCAAACUAAUAUAGCUAUUCUCCCCUCGUAUUUAGCUGAUGAUUUUAGUGAAUUCUGUCGAUUGAACAAUGCUCCUUGCCCAGUGUUGUAUCAGAGUAAAGCUGGACAACUGAACGCCUCAGUGUUUGCAAAAGAUUCUGAUAUCAGAACCGACCUCACCAAAUACAUAGUUUAUCGAUAUGACAAGGAAUCUGGUGCUGAACAUAUAUCCGAUGCAUGGCAACUGACAGAAUACCCAUGGCAAGACAUGGUUACAUUUUACAUUGGAUGCAGCUUUUCCUUUGAAGAUGCUUUAAUUCAAGCUGGUAUUCCUGUACAAAAUGCAGAGGAAAAGAAAGCAGUUUCCAUGUAUGUUACGAAUAUCCCAUGUAUUCCAGUUGGAAGGUUUAGCUGCCCUGGCAUGGUCGUAUCUAUGAGACCCAUUAAAAAAGAUCUUAUUGAAAAGGCUGUAGCCAUCACAGCAAGAUAUGAUGCAGUUCAUGGAGCACCAAUACAUAUUGGGGAUCCAUCAAAGAUUGGUAUUGCAGAUGUCUUAAAACAGGACAUGGGUGAUUCUACACAUAUUGAUGAGGGCCAUGUUCCAGUGUUUUGGGCUUGUGGUGUCACAACAUCUAAAGCAAUAAAAUCUUCUAAACCAGAAAUUUGCUUCUCCCAUUUUCCUGGCCGCAUGUUUUUUUGUGAUAUCUCCACUGAGGAGUAUUUUAAAAACAAGCCUCCGCCACAUGGCAAUGAGCAGCCCAAGGUCAUUACUCUACAAGAUAAUCCGUUCUAUGCAUCUGUGCUUGGAACCAAUGCCCUCCAACAAAUCAAUCAUAUUGAAAGCCUCAUCCAAGAUGACCCUGGAAAAAGAGGUGUUGAGCAUCUUCACACUGUUGGCCAACUGGUUAAAGCAGCCUUAAGGGUGUCGCACGCUUCAUCUGUUGCUAUAGUAACUGGAUUCCCAAUCAAUGUAGGUCAUGAUCCUCCAGACGAGACUGAUGGGCCUCCUGGUGCAUUAUCAAUGGCUAAAGCAUUCCAAGCUCUUGGCAAGAAAGUCACUUUAGUGUCAAGCCAUUACAACGGAAAGUUAAUGAGUGAUUUUGUUUUACAUUGUGUUGAGAUAGGAAUAUUACAGGAUGUAGUUGAAGUUGAGCAGUUCACUCCAGGUAAAGGUGAAUCGAUUGAGGAAGCAGCAAAGAAAUUCCUUUACCCAUCAGGUGUAGAAAACAAACCAAGGUUUGAUGUUCUGGUGUCAAUUGAGGCUGCUGGUAGAACAGAUAAAGGGACCUACAAGACCAUGAACAACAAUGAUAUUACAGAAUGUUGUAGAAAGACCUCUGUAGAUGAACUCUUCCUACAAGCUGCUCGUUACCAAGGAAGCAAGGCAGCGGUCGCUACGAUAGGAAUUGGCGAUGGUGGCAAUGAAAUAGGAAUGGGCAAUGUCAAGCAUAAGACAAUUCAGCACAUCAAGAAUGGUCAAGAGAUCGCAUGUAAUGUACCUGUUAACCAUUUGAUUACUGCUGGUGUUUCUAACUGGGGUGGUUGGGCUCUUGCCAUGGCUGUAUUCAUCUUACAAAACUGUCUCAUUCAUUCGCGAUACGUCAGACAUGGCAUUGGUGAACACCAGGAAAGAUGUGAAGAAGAAGUACUAAACACGGUUGAUCAGGAGAGAAAGGUUCUCGAGUGGUUGGUGUCUCGUGGUGUUUGUGAUGGCCUGCGACUCAAGCCUGUCAUGUCUGUUGAUGGCUUGGAUUUUGAUGACAUCCACGCCAACAAGCUGAAGACAAUUUUGUCAAUGAAUAACAAUUUGAAUGGUUUCGAAGUUCCACAACGUUGACACCAGAAACAAAAAUAUGUAAUUUUUAAAAAUGAGUUACAGUAAUAACUUAAUAAUUGAUGGUUAGUGUAAUAUUUUUGUAACCUGUUAUAAUAUUCCACAUUGUAACCUUAUAUAUAUAUAUAUGCCUACUUUCUCAAUCAUCUAUGCAAGUCACAGGACCAAAGUCCGAAGUCGUACAAUAACGAACUAAGGUCGUUUCCCAUAAAAAAGCUUUUCAUAUAACAACCAAUAAGCAGGCUCUCGGGAUCGAUUGACGUAGAGAUUAAACCUGGAUGGUAGUAGUCUUUAUGUUCCUUUACCAAGUAAAAUGUGUGAAGAGUAACUUUACCAUUUUCCUUGAAUAAAUUGUGUAAGACUUCUU